AUGAAGUCUUAACUCAAUAAAGGGAAAGCAGAACUGACUAGGUCUAACUAUCUGAAAAAAUUACAAAAUCUUUAAAUUUCAUUCACUACUCUUCCAAAUAGUGCACAAUAGGUUAAAACACCAAAUGUUUCCAUAAACAAUAAUUCUUUCAAAAUUUUAUCAUAAUAAACCACUCCUAAAACUGUUCAAGAAAAUAAUUUCUUUAGUAGUCGGGAUUAAGAUGUUAAUGAAUUAAAAAAAUAACAUGUGCGCACACAAUCUCAAAUUGAGGGUUUGCUUUUGAGAACCUAAUUAGUUGAAACAGCUAGAUAAAGAACAGCCUCUACUUUUAUUAAGAAGCCUAAAGCUGAGGUUAAGCCUGCUAAGUAAAUGAAUUAAGAAGAUGAAUUGAGAAAACAAGAAAAAUAAAAAAAAAUGCAGCUGAUGCAAUAAGUGGAGAUGGAGAAAAAAGAAAAGGAAAAGCUAAAUCAAUAAAGAGAAUCCACUCCUAAAAUUAAUUCUCUUACAUCAAUUUUAUCUAAAAAAUCCAAUGCUGCUAAAUAUAAAUUAUUAAAAGUUAGCCUUAAUGUAAUAGAAAAAUCGAAAGAAAAAAAUUAACUGGAGUCAGUCGGAGAAGAUUUCCAAUAACUGUCUUAGAACACAAAAAUAAGAGAAAAAUAAACAGAUACCAUUUUUAAAAUAUCCACUAUCAUUACAGCUUUGAUGUUUUAGCGACUUCACUCUAAAAUAACAUCUCCUAAAUUGGCGCGACUUGUAGCAAAACAUUAUUUGAGUCUUAUUAACUAUAGAAAAAUUGAGGAAAGAUUGUUAGCUUUAACUUCAAAUCCCUCGAUGAAAUAUAUCCAAAAUGUAUUACAUGAAGAUGAUGUUUUAAGUAAUGCGAUAAAGGUGGCUUAAGUUAGAGAAAUACAAAGAAGAUUGAAUGAAGGACUUUCAUAAAGAAGAAAAGCUUCAAAAAUCAUAUUCUAAAAAAAGUCUAGUAGAGAAUUAAGAGCUGAAGAUAUUUUCUCAGAGAAAGUAUUAAAAAGAGUCAGAUUUAUUUAAAUGUGUUUUAGAAUGAAGGUCUUUAAGGUCAAUAAAAGAACUAUUGCUAGUUCUAAACCUAUUGAGAAGGCAAGAAAAUCUACAAAAGUAAGAGCAUUCAAAAGAAGACUUGGAGAUAUUAUAUUUAUGAGUGAAAAUGUUCCAGUGUUUCAACUGUAAUAGGAGAAGAAAGAGUAGGAAGACAAGGAGAAAGAAAAAGAGAAGCUCUAAUUAGAGGCAAAGAAGGAAAAUCUUGGAGUUUUUGGAAUGCUUUGGAAGGCUUAAAAUAAAUUUAAAAAUUUUUGUAGACAUCCAGGCUUAAAAAUUCCAUCAAAAACUUGCGAUGAUUGGGUCAAAUAUAUUUAAACUUUAUAUUAUCCUAGUUUCAGAUACAUUUCUGUUUUUUAUAGAAACAUUGUAGUUUGGUCAGUGUCUUAUUAUGAUGUAACUUAUGAUAAGAGUUGUAUUGCUCUAUUCUUCAAAGGAGAAGGUCGUCAGUAAUAUCAUUUUCGUUUAGAUAUUCCACUUGUCACUAUGCCUGACUUUGAAGUUAAUAAGAAUUGUAACACUGUUUGGCCUACAGUGAAGGAUUACAUGCUCAUAUAUUUAAGAUAGAAGGGACAGUUGGCUUUAUUGAAUAAGGACCAUCUCCCAUCAGCAAAAGUGUAUAAGACCUCUUUUAUUUAAGGACUCUCUCUUAAGUCAAGAAGAAAACUCACUGAACUUGACAUCUAAUCGAUUGUUGAAACCUAAAAAAUUAUCACUUAUCUGCAAAACAAUCAAAUAGUAAAAAUAAAAAAGAAGAUAGGAACUACAUAUGAUUUAUUACCAUAGUUAUCUGAGACAAUUGACUCAGAUUUGAUUAAAUAAUACAUCAUUAAUUUACCUAUGAUUAGAUUAAUACUUAUUGACAUUUUAGUUUUGGAGUAAAAAUUAUUAGAAAACAAAAGAAAAUUAACUUAGGACAUUUAGAACCUUUCAAAAGAAUAUGUAGCUUAUAUUCAAACAAAUAAAGAAACACUGAAUUAAAUAUUGCAAUUCCGAUUCUUACAUAACAAUAGUGAAUUUUUCAAUGAUCAAUUGAUAUCAAAAAUAAAUCAAUAAGAAACCAAAAAGAUAUUCAUUCAGUCUUGUUUCGUAGAUAUUAAUGAAAUAUUAGUACAAUCAAAUGAUGCACUAUUGGGAUAAGUAAGUAAAACAUGUUAAUUGAGUAUUCAUUUAUGUUAUAAUGGUAAUGUAGUAUUAGACAAAUUGCUAUUAGAUGUGGAUAGAAUGAGACCAAGGUAUUCACUUCAUAAUGAAUCAACAUAAUUAUUUUCAAUCAAUACUUAAACUUUACAAUGGUUAUUUGAUACAUCUAAAUUUUAAUUAUAAAUUGAAGCAUUAUUAUUUGAAAAAGACAAAUAAAACACAGAUUAAUAUUUCUAUUAGACUAAUCUAUAUAGAAGAAAAAACGAAAGAAUCUUUUAGCCUCUAAGCAUUAGUGUUUUUCAUUUUGAGAAAUUAGCUCUUGCAGUUAAGGAAAUAAUGGAUAGUUCAAUUUUUGAUCAUUUUGAAAUUAAUUAAAUUUUGAAGAAUCUGAUAUUCGAAAGAGCAAAUUAUUCGGUAAUAAUCAACUUAAUAUUAAAUCAUUUGAUUACUCUAAAUUUUAAAAAUAGACAAGUUACCUUAAAAGCCUAAUAUCAACACAUACUUUCAUCUAACCUAAAUUUUAUUGAGAAAAUGGAUCAUCACAGUUUGUAUAAUACAACUUAAACAUAUUUGAAAUAUAGCAUAUAUCCUCAUGAGGAGAAAGACUUAAGGAAAAUGAAGGAAACUCGAGAAACUUAAUCUAAAUUUGAAUAUCACUCAAUUUUCGAUUAAUAAUUUUAACAGAUUGAUUAGAUUGAACUCAAACCAGAAUAUACUUCUAAGUAAUUGGAAGUAGCCUAGGAAUACAAUUAUGACUAAAAACAAAUCUUUUGGUCGUAAGGUGUCAAAAGGUUUGAUACAUUCCAACAUCCCAAUCUGGUAGUUGUUCGGCUGAGAGAUAAAUUUAUCAUUGUAAUUAUGUCAUAAUAAAGAGUAAGGAUGAUCAAUAUAACUACGUUGAGAUAACCUUUGAUAUUGGAUUCAAAUAAUGCGCGUAUUUUCCUUAAUAGUUGUAAGUACACCUAAUAAAAGCAAUACCAGAAGUUAUCUCUAUAUAGAAGAUUGUUUAUUAUUCUAUUGAAGGAAAACUGCUUUUUAAGAAUCAGAAUGGAGAAAUUCAAUUGUACCAUUAGAGCAUCCCUCCCGAAUUACAGUAAGAUUAAGGCGUAUCUACUAUCGGAUUCAAAAGAAUUAGUUAAUUAUCUAAAUCGUUUGGAUUUCACUUUUACUUUUGAAACCAUUAAUAAAGCAAAAUGUUAUGCGAAUGUUAAGGUUUUCUAUUUAGGUAGGCAAGAAUCAUAUUACUCUACAAAAUAUGAAUAAAUUUAUAAGUUUGAUGGUGAGAACUUGUUUAUCAGUCUCCAGAUUCAUGAAUUUGACUCAAAGUUAAAGAAAUAUAUUCUAAUAUUCAAUAAAUUUGACAUUGAACAGAGAUUUGAAAUUUAUAACUAUUUCUCACCCAAUUUAAUUUAUUAAUGGUGUUAAGAGUUUGUUGUGAAUUUAAAAUUUGAUAAAAAGUUUCUAUAUAAAACCCCUUUUUCAGUCAUGUAAAUAAUUAAAUCAUACCAAGAUAUAAAACUAGCCUCCUUUUGGAUUGCUAAAAGAUCAUAAAAAUGCAUCCUUAAUGAAUAUUAGAGAGUUCAUUCGUAUGAUUAUAGUCUGGCUAAAUAGUUUUUAAGUUAAAGAUACAAGAUCUUCAGAGUAAUAGCUCAUUACAUAGAGAAGUUUUAUGUGGUGAAACAAAACAAUCAAAUAACACUUUUAAAUGAAUGCAUGUUUCUUCAAUUUAAGAAUUACAAAUUGAUUAAGGUCGAAUUCGUAAUAAUUACAAUACAAGCUCAUACAGUAUUGGAUCUUGUUUAAAUCAUCUAUUAUUUUCCAAAAAGCAAAAAAAGAUUGAUGACCAAUAUUAAUUUAAUUUAAAUUUAAGAAAUGGAUUUUAGUUUAGGUAUGAUAUUCUAAUUAUUGAAUGUUACUGAGUUUACUACUUUCAAUGAUAUAACUAGUCAAGUUGAUGAAAUACAAAGAGGAUCACUUAAAUAUAGGAGAAGCUCCAAAUUAAAUAGUUAAGUGAUGACAAAAUUGCAUAUUAUGAGACAAUCUAUUGAUGUAUCUUAGCUUAGUUUCAGGACUGGAAAAAUCAAAAGAAGACAAGGAUUUGUGCACAGACUUCUUAAAUUAAUAUCAAAACAAAAGUUAUCAAUUAAGCCAUUGGAAAGAAUGAGGAUAUGUGCUAAAAAUGGUGAUAGAAAGAAUGACAAACGCUACUUAUUAGAGAUAAUGUUUUGGAAAUUGAUGUAAUAGCAAGUAUUUUAAUUAUCAGUUCGUAAAGAAAAGAGGUAACUCAAAAGUUACAUCAGUUUAUUUGAUAGAUUAGUAGAACUAUUUGACAAUGAAUCAAACAAGAAAUAUAGAAUUAUAGGAAAAGAGUACUUAGAAAAAAAGUAAACGGAUGAAAAUAUCAGGUAUAACUACAAAGUAUAAUCGGAGUGCAGAAAUUUGUAUAGGGAUCUCAUAUUAGAAUAAGAAAUAUAUAUGACUCAGAACUUAAAUUUUGGUAAGACUCCCUUUGUAAUUAAGUGUAAUCUAAAUGAGAUCUCAAUCUUAGAGUAUCUGUGUACGAAAUAAUUUCGGAGUGACAAUGGAAGUAGAGGAUAUAUUGAGUAUUUCUUAGAGAAGAAAUAGAAGUAAAAGGGAAUUGAUUUGUUUGAUCCUGCAAAACCUAUUCUUUAUUCAGCAUCAUCCAGUUACAAUAUUUAUUUGAGGUACUAUUGUUUGGCAAAUUAUCAAUACAAAGAUUUAAGGAUAAACCUUAGAGAAAUAAUGAAUUAGUUAGUUACAGACGGUCUCUAUAAAUCAUAAUCUAAUUAUAUGAAUAGCAAAAUUAAUCUUAGUGACAUAAUCGAAAUGUGUCACUAUCUGACUCAAAAAAUUAAAACAUAAAACUACCUUAAUCUAGCUCGAUUGUCACAAAUUUAGAUUAAUCAAUUACCAGAAAUCUAAUAGCACAUCAUCUCUGAAUGUGAUGAUUAAUUAUCCAAGGAAACUAAGCAAAAAUCAGGAGAUGGCUUUGUAUGUACUCAAGUCAUUCGGAACAAGAAAAAUCAUUCUAUUUAUCAAUACUAAUUAUUCUAAACUACAAGAAAGGUUAUUAUCAAUAAAUACGAAAUGAGAUAAGACUAUUUUGAAUAGAAAGAGUUCACUUAUGCUCAAUUAACAUAGUAUGUCCAUAAUUUUACAUAUCUAAUCAAAGCAAAAUUAUACUAUUUAGCUUUGAAAAGAUUUUCUUAAUGUUACAUAGAAUUGCAGAAAAUUAAUUAAUGA